AUGGGAACCCCACGGUCACAAACCACUGGCUCUGAUGGCACCAGCAGUAACAGUGGGAGCCGCCGAGCCCUGAUUGCAUCAGUGCGAACAAAUUCGACCUGUGUCGGCCUUCAGCAAUCAACCAUCUACGAGGCUUCCCACUCUGACGGAGAGGCAAUCCCUGCCAAGAUCCUGGCGGCAUCCUCCGACUAUGAUGGUGACCUGCAUUCCAAUGAGGACUUUGUAUUCUAUGACGUGGAGAGUCAACAAUUCGUGUAUCGCAGCAACAGUACUCGUACAGCAACUCAACAAUGCGCUCGGUCCAUACAAGACCUACAAGCACUACAGGACAAUAGUACCAAUCAGGACGAUACCGACCAUGAUGAUUUUAUCAACAGCUUUGCACAUGACAACGACGACAGCAAGUCAGAAGCCAGUCGAUCCGUCGAUUCGGCAUGGGAACGAGAAAAGGCACUCUACAAGAAAGGUCUCUGCUACAUUAUCUUUUUUCAUAUCUACCACUCUCUCUACGAGUGGUUCUUCAAAUUCACGGCUUGGCUUAUCCUGCUGUGCAAGAGGGCUGGCGGUGGUGACAACCACGGUAAUGACAUGGCAGAAGAACUCAUACAAGAAGUUGCCGAUGCGGCCGAUUUGGCCGUCACGGGCGUCACUAAUACAGUAGGCCCUACCGGAACCACAACAACUACCACCGCAACCGCCACCUCUACAAGUGCCGCCACAUCGGCUGCAACAACCACAACCACCGCAUCGGCCACACAGGCUACCGCCGUCGUGGCCCAAACCACCGCUACCACCACCACAGCUACCACCACAUCUUCAGCUGUCACCACUAGUGUCACUGCCGCUAGCACUCAUACCGCUGCCACAGUGACAGCAACCACUACUGGAACCACUGCAGCCGCCUCCACGGGUACUGCAGCAGCAGCUACAGGGACUGCCACCGCCACGGGAGCCGCAGCAACAGGGACAGCUACAGCUACAGCCACUGGAGUAGCCAACGCAGCUGUAGUGGCACAAAUGGCGGUAGUAUCGGCCCAAGGAGCCGCCGGGGCCACUGCGGCUGCCACAGGAGCUGCAGCAGCCACAGGAGCUGCAGCAGGAGCAGCUGGAGUUGGAACAGCCACUUCGGCAGCCAUGUCUGCCACGGUCACAGCGACGGCAACAUCCACUGCCACCUCUCAAGCGGCUGUAGCUGUUGGUGUGGCCACUGUGGCAGCUUUCUCUACCACUGUGGUUGUUGUCUCCUCAUACCACCAUAAUGUUCAAGAAUACUAUAACUUUGGAGAUCAAUUCGUUCCUCCUAUCUGCUCUCUUGCAUCCGAAUCCAAACAAGGAUGUGUUGAGUUGCAGUUGAGAGGGUUGCCAGCCGAUAUUUUUGAAUCCACAGAGGAAGACAACAUGGAAUAUUUUCAACAUACCUUUCGAGAUGUCUACAAUAGUAUCACUGGCAUGUGUCUGGACACCUAUGAUAGAGUGAUCCACGAGGCCAGGCUUGUGGAAUGGGAGACAGAUUGGGGAGACUAUGAGAGCAUCAGUCAAGACAAGGCGCAUGCAGACUAUGACUGGGCAGUGGCCAACAGCAUCACCACCAUGUACUGGGAGACCACGGUGGCUUGUACUGGGUGUCCUGAUCAGGAACCUCUCUUCUCUGUGCCAGAUGACUACAACAUUCUCCAACUACAGCAACGCAACGAUUCCCGGAAGGACGACUUUGAUUUCUCCAAUUUCUUCAGCCUCUUUGUGGCAUCUUUUGGCUUUACUGUGGAUCGCUAUGUCAACGGCGUCACCUUCUUGUUCAACAAUACAGUUGUCUAUGGUAAUGAUACUGCUCUGGCUUUUCAAAAUCGAACCGAUGAAGGUAUUCAUGUUGUUGAAGCCAGUACAGUUGAGUGUCGUGCGCCAGUUGUGGAGGGACAACAACAAGCAGCCACCAAUACAACCAGAGGAACAACCAUUCAAACAUUGGACGAAGAAGAAAUCUUGGCAGCUAGAAAUGUGGUGGAUCAGAACAAUGGAACAGUUGUCACUUCAACAGCUCAACAGAAUCUUGAUUCUAUUCAAUCCUGCUUUGAUGCUGGCACCAAUGAAGUUGUGGGUGAAUCUCAGUUCUGCCAAACAGUAACACAAAAUUCCAAUAUGCGAGGAGAAGAGCUUGCAGCAUGUGCGCGUGAUGCAGCUUCUGGAAAUGCAAACAGGGAGUGUCAGGAAGCUUUUGGUAGAACAUUGGACAACCUUUCACCAACAGUGGCACCAACCCCCUUUCCAACAAUGCCACCAACUUUGUCACCCACAAAGAAACCAACCCCAUCACCAACUUAUGAACCAACUUAUGAGCCAACUUAUGAGCCAACUUAUAAGCCAACUAAAGCUACAACACACACUCCAACCAGUGAACCAACAUUUCAACCUACACCCAACCCUACCCAUGAGCCCACAUUUUCUCCUACCACCAGAGAUAUUCCUGACUAUUCAGGUGCAGCUGCACAAGGACCCCCAUCACCAACUGGGACCCCAACUACUCUUGAGCCCACUUCAACUCCACCCACCCCAAUCCCAAGCACAGCACACCCAAACACUUCGCGUCCAACAACAGCACGCCCGAGCACAUCGGUUGUGAGUCAAGCCUCUGCCAGUCCAGCACCCGUCACUUCAAAUCCAAGUACCACCCCGUUUCCACCCAGCGCUAAGACUGCCACUGCAAUCCCUAGUCACAUCCCCUCAACAACACGUCCCAGUACUCAUACUACUUCUCCAAGUCCUAGACCAACCACGGCACACCCGAGUACUGCAGCACCCACUACACUGAGCCCAGCUGUAACUCCAGCAUCACCAAGUGUCAGCCCCACUACUGCACGUCCCAGUACUCUUGACCCUACUGUGUCUCCCAGUACUCUGGCCCCCACAAUAGCUCCCACUACCAGUCCUACUACCAGUCCCACUACCAGUCCUACUACCGAAAGUCCAACUGAAGCACCCAUCACAGAUCUCCCCACUGUGGCUCCAACAUCAACCGGUGUCAUCCCCACUACAACUCGUCCAACUACCUCUCCCAACACCAGUCCCACCACUGCAAAUCCAAGCACUGGAGCACCUGCCACCAUGCGCCCCACUGCGUCUCCAAUUACAGAUUUCCCAACACAAACUGAUCCACCAACAAGCUUCCAGUGUACCCUUGAUACAGAGGGAACCGCUCGCUACAGUAUCACACUUGAGAAUGCUCAGUCACUCUCAAAUGAUCAGCUCAUUGAAGCCUUCAUUGGAGCUGAUGCUGCACUGGAGAAGGAUGAGUGUACUCCUGUUGUACUCAGAGUAUCCGUUGCAGGAAGAGACCAGGAAAGAAAGCUUCAGGAGUCAGAAUCAAGGCAACUUCAGUUAACAGAAAUUGUUUCGUUUAACGUUGAAGCCUUGGUAGAGCCUGAGAUUUUCCCACUUGUGGAUUUCAGCCUAUUUGGCGGGGAUGUAGGUGACGAUGGCUUCACAGAGGCUUUCCGUGAAAAUGAUAUCAUUGUGGACAGUGGUGCUGUUGUCUUGGAAGCAAGGGAUGUUGAUCCACAGACACUACCACCAGUCAAUGCGCCUACAGAAUUCCCAGAUGCUCCACCAACCUUUGAGCCACUGGACUUUCCCACCUUCGAGCCACUGGAAGGUCAACCUACCUUCACGCCAUUGGACUUGCCAACCUUUGAGCCAUUUGACUUCCCAACCUUCGAGCCAUUCAACUUUCCAACCUUCAAGCCACUGGACCUCCCAACCUUUGAGCCACUGGAUUUUCCAACCUUCGAGCCUCUGGAUUUUCCCACCUUUGAGCCAUUAGACUACCCAACCUACGAGCCACUGAACUACCCAACCUACGAGCCAUUAACUACCCCACCUACGAGCCAUUAA